UUCAGAAAAUAUUUUCGGACAUAACACAUUUCCCCUAUUAAACAAAUUCUGGGGUAAGGGGAAACAGAGAGAGACAAUAAGGACAUUCCACGUCGAAAAGGAUCUCAGCGUUCUCAGUUUAGGGAAGUUGGCCUUGCUGGCUGUGUGGUAGAAAAGCUGAUGAUGGGUGAGGAUUUUGGAGGGUGGGAAUGGAGGCAGUUUUGUCAUCCCCACAUCCGGUUUGUGACUGGACACCAUACGGGCUGAGAUCAAGUUCAGAGGCAGUCAGCUGGAAUCCCUUAGCUCUAUUUGCCCUUUUUUGUUUUGUUAUUUUGUUGUUGUUAUUAUUGGAAAAGAUAAGGGCAGAGCUAUCUGAAUGCUUCCUUGAAUGCUGACAACGAACUCCAUGAUUUUUAUAAACCCCAUGUGAAAAACGUGCUAAGAAUCUCUUUUCUUCUUAGCAUGUUUUUAAAGCUUAGAGUUUAUAAAAAUAUGGUUUGAAGAAAGUUUGAAAAGAUCAGUGGAAAAAAAUUCAGCACCAAAUUUUCUCUGAAAAUCAACUUGUCAAAAAAGACAUGACUAACAUCCAUCCUGUAACCAGCGCAUGAAUGAUCUUCCCUCCUUACGAAUGUACUUCAGCAAAACUUUAAUCUUGACCCCCCACUUUCCACUUUUAAUAGUGGAUGGAUGAAAAGGCAAGAAGAAAAACAAAGCCAAAACACACCCAGAUGUACACUUCCGCCAGCAUGGCCCCCGAGGCAUUUUGAAUUCAGCCACUUAUGAUCUGUGGAUUAUUAACUCUACCUCAUUUACUUCAUCAGCGUAAACAAUAGUAAACUGACUGUAGCGAAAUACAGAACCAUGGAAACAUGAUUCUAUUUUAAUACAGGCCCAUCAGUUAACCCACAGGCUAUGCUACAUACGAAUAAGAGAAAAUAAGUUUCUUCUUAACUAUGUAAUGUAAUUCCAGUGGAAUUCGGUAGGUGGCAUAGAAGAGCUUUUUUGUUUUACUUUGUUUUCAACACUAAAUGUGGUUAACAGUGAAAUAAAUCUCCAAGGAAGUGCUUGAGUUUCUCACAGACUGCCAAACGGAACAGACAAGCAGGUUGUCUUGGGUCUUCAUGAACACUAGUAGAGUGCCAGGCCUUCUUCCGUGUUGGAAGAAAUCAGGAUAACAAAGGCAUAUCGGGCUCCUCUGCAAAAGAAAUCAGGAUAAUAAAGGCAUAUCGGGCACCUCUGCAAAACAGUAAAAACCUCCGUGGGAAUUUGGACUUUAUCUUGUUCACUGGUCUGUCUCCAGUUCCUAAAACAUGGCCAGGAGUUGAUCAAUAAAUAUUGGUUGAAUAAAUAAAUAGAUGAAUAAAUGGAUCAUCUGAGACACCUUUUAUCAUAAUCUAAUUACCUUUUGAAUAAGACCAAAGUUAGACCCCAACUGUGUAUAGGUCAUAAAGGGUAAUAGAAGAGCAGUCCCAAUACCAGCAUUUGGGAUACCUCUCGAGAAAGUCAUAUGGAGAUGCAUGUCAGAGAAUGAAAGUACACCAUGUGUGUUUUAGCUGGAGUUCUAAAUUAUUUUGGGAAAUCUUGGGGCCAGAGAACUUUCCAUGAACCCAUCUGUAUUAGUUUCCUGAGGCUGCUGUAACAAAUUAUCAUAAACAUGGUGGCUUUUCCUUUAUCCAUCUGGAAAGCAGAAGUCAAAACUCAAGGUGUCAGCAGGGCCGCCCUCGCUCCAGAGGCUCCUCUAGUUUGUGGUAGCUAUUGCUGUCCCUUGCCUUGUAGCUGCUGCACUCGUUUCUGCCUCCACUGUCACGUGGCCUUCUCUUCUGUGUCUCGGUUGUCUCUUCUCUUGUCUCUCUGUCAAAAGUCCCUGUGCCUUUCUCUUAUAAGGGCAUUUGUCAUUGGAUUUAUGGCCUGCCUGGAUAAUUUGGGAUGACCUCCUCAUGUCAAGAUCCUUAACUUUAUUAUCUCUGCAAAGACCCCUUUCCCAAGGAAGAAUCUGUAUCUGUAUCAAGAUGCUCUGAAGAACAGCUUCUACCUUUAGGAAUGCCUAGUGUUACAAAAUGACUAGCAUCUUCCAUUUUGCCAUUAUCUUCAUGUUAAUACUUCAGAUCAGAACACAAUUAUCCGAAGAAAGUGAAUUUUUAGUUGAUAGGUCAAAUAACGGUCUCAUUCACAUUCCUAAAGACUUAUCCCAGAAAACAACAGUCUUAAAUAUAUCGCAAAAUUAUAUAUCUGAGCUUCGGACUUCUGACAUCUUAUCACUGUCGAAGCUGAGGAUUUUGAUAAUUUCUCAUAAUAGAAUCCAGUAUCUUGAUAUCAGUGUUUUCAAAUUCAACCAGGAAUUGGAAUACUUGGAUUUGUCCCACAACAAGUUGGUUGAGAUUUCUUGCCACCCUACUGUGAACCUCAAGCACCUGGACCUGUCAUUUAAUGCAUUUGAUGCCCUGCCUAUAUGCAAAGAGUUUGGCAGUAUGUCUCGACUAAAAUUUCUGGGGUUGAGUGCUACACAUUUAGAAAAAUCUAGUGUGCUGCCAGUUGCUCAUUUGAAUAUCAGUAAGGUCUUGCUGGUCUUAGGAGAGCCUUAUGGGGAAAAAGAAGACCCCGAGGCCCUUCAAGACUUUAACACUGAGAGCCUGCACAUUGUUUUCCCUGCAAAUAAAGAAUUCCAUUUUAUUUUGGAUGUGUCAGUCAGGACUGUAGCAAAUCUAGAACUAUCUAAUAUCAAGUGUAUGCUGGAAGAUAACGAAUGUUCUUACUUCCUAAAUAUUCUGGCAAAACUUCAAACAAAUCCAAAGUUAUCAAGUCUUACUUUAAACAACAUUGAAACAACUUGGAAUUCUUUCAUUAGGAUCUUCCAGCUGGUUUGGCCUGCAGCCAUACAGUAUUUCUCAAUUUCAAACGUGAAACUACAGGGUCAGUUGGACUUCAGAGAUUUUAAUUAUUCUGGCACUUCCCUGAAGGCCUUGUCAAUACACCAAGUUGUCACCGAUGUGUUCAGUUUUCCACAAAGUGAUAUCUACAAGAUCUUUGCAAAUAUGAACAUCAAAAAUUUAACAGUGUCUGGUACACACAUGGUCCACAUGCUUUGCCCAUUCAAAAUUAGCCCGUUUCUGUAUUUGGAUUUUUCCAAUAACCUCUUAACAGACACAGUUUUUGAAAAUUGUGGUCACCUUACUGAGUUGGAGACACUUAUUUUACAAAUGAAUCAAUUAAAAGAACUUUCAAAAAUAGCUCAUAUGACUAAACAGAUGAAGUCUCUGCAACAACUGGAUAUCAGCCAGAAUUCUCUAAGCUAUGAUGAAAAUGAAGGAGAUUGCUCUUGGACUAAAAGUUUAUUAAGUUUAAAUAUGUCUUCAAAUAUACUUACUGACUCUGUUUUCAGAUGUUUACCU